AUGGCGAAGAAGAAGCAGCGACUGAAGCAGGAGAAGCUGGCGUGGAGACGUGCCAAGGCGUCGCCCGACGGGCCGUCGGCUGAGGACGUGCUGCUGGCGUGGCUCACGACGCCGGGCCUGCAGCUGAGCAAGGAGAUCGCGCGGGGGCUGGAGGCCAACGGCUUCGCGGUCCGCUCGGCGACUCAGGUGCUCGAAAAGAUCCGCGCCUUGGAAUCCCGCUACAUCAGCGUCACCGCAGAGCUGCUCCUGGCCAAUGAGCUGAGCGCGUUCCUGCGGGGCGAGGCCAGUGAGCUCACCACGAAGCGGUUCGAGCGGACCUUCCCGCACUACCGAGAGCUCACGCCCGUGCUCGGCAUGGAGGAGGCGCACAAGAGGAAUCUGGUGCCGGUGCCCGAGAGGCCCGAGAUCACAAAGGCGAGAGAGAUUGUGGCUGCGUCUCUGGCGGCCAGGGAGAAGGCCUCGUCGCGCGCAGACGCGAGCAAGAGCGUCGCCGGCAAGUGGAAGGAGAGUCUGGAGAAGAACCGGUCCGAGGCUGGAGAAAAGUCAGGCGGGCCGAAGGUGGCGCUGAGUGAGAAUGCAGAGGGGAAGGAGCAGGGUGCGGCUACGACGAGCGGUGGUGAGGGAGCCGAGAGGGAGUUGAGUGCUGCUGCUGCUGAGGAUGCGGAGGCUGAAAAGGAUGACGCUGUGGUGGGCGCCAGGAAGGAGAAUGAUGUGGCAAUUGAAGCGGACGAGAAGAACGCUGAAGGGGCGGAUGUGGAUAUGGAGGAGAAACCGAGCAGUGUUGCUGAGGAGGGGAAAGAUGGAGGGGACGAUCAGAAGAAGGACGAUGCGCCUGUGCAAGAUCACGAUAGAGCUGUGGAAAAGGAGAGCGAAGGUGUUGCUGAUGAAGAGAAGCAGGGUGGUGAUGGCGAGGAUGACAAGGGUGUGCAGGGACAGAAAGCUGAAGGUGAUGACAGCGAGAGUGAAGAUGAGAGCACUGAGGAGGAAGUGGAGGUUGUUACCAAAGCGACGCGCGUGGCGAUGAAAAAGAAGCUGUACGAGUCUAGCGACAGCAGUUCUUCUGAUGAAGAUGAUGAUAGUGACGAAGAAAAAAAGAGCGAGAGCGACGAUGACGAUGGCGAUAGAGAAGAGCAGAUCCCGCUAGCGCAACGCGACGAGGUGGAAAUGGAGGAGGAAGACGAGGAGGACGAGGGAGAAGAGCAAGCUGACCAACAGAUAGACGAGAACGAAGAGGCUGAUGUUGAUGAAGAGCGUCACGAGAAGCCGAAAGAGGGGGGUGACGAGGAAGACGGAAGCGAGGGGGAGGAGGAGGAGGAAACAGAGGGAGCUCCAGUGCAAGACAACGCAGAGGCAAAAGAAUCCAGCGUCGACGCAGGGAGCAGCUCGAGCGAUAGCUCAAGUGAAGAUGAAGAGCUUGAGACCGAAGACGCUCGACCUGCUGCAAAGGCCGUUUCAGAUGACGAAGACGAGCCCGAGUCUGAGUCUGAAUCUCAAGAAGACGACGACGACAGCGAUGAAGACGCCAAUAUGGAAGAGCCCGCCAAGGAGCAGAGCGAUGCCGAGGCUGAGGCAUCCGUGCGACAACGGACUGCUCGGAAGCGCAAUGGUUCCUCCAAUGCAUCGUCAACUGCUGCCAAGCGAACUCGACGAAGCAGCGCCGUCACGAUAGAGCUGGAACGCGAGACGUUCAUCGAGCGCGCGAAGCAGGAGCAAGCUCAGCGUCAGGAGCUGUUCGAACUGGAGCGCGCCAAGGUCGAGUGUGAGUUGCAGGCGAAGCGAGUGCAGCUCGCCAUGGAGAAGUCACUCGCACGGAAGACACUUCUCGGAGCCGGCAUCGACCCCGCCGAGGUCGACCGUGUGCUGCCUCUGAAGCCUGGCACCAAACAAGUGUCCGUGACGGCGGACAGCGCGCGCCCGGGCGGCCCCUCGACCAUGGACGUGCUCGUGGCGUGGAUCACCAAGCCGGGCAACGUGAAGCGCUGGCGCUCCGAGCCGCACGCGCCGCUGAUCCGCGAGAUCGUGGAGAAGAUGCACGGCGAGGGGCUGGUGCACCGCAAGGCGCCGUUCGUGCGCUACAAGGUGGACGCCAUCGAGAAGCAGUACCUCCUGGCCAAGCAGUGGCUGCUGGAGACGGGCAUGCACGACGCCUUCAUGCGCGGCAAGGCCACGCCCGAGGUGCGCGCGCACGUGGAGCACACGUGUCCGCUGUUCCGCAAGCUGGACCCGGCCUUCCACGGCGUGCCCUUCAGCAAGAAGAACGCUGAAACCAUCGAGCUGGACGACAGCGCCGAGGACGGCGAGAGCGCGGAGGAGAGCAAGCAGGAGAUCGAGGUCCCGGACGACAGCGAGGAGGACGAGGAUAAAGACGGAGAAGAAGAAGAUAGUGAGGAUGACGAGGAUAAAGACGGAGAAGAAGAAGAUAGUGAGGAUGACGAGGACGAGGACGAGGGCAGCAGCAGUGACAGUGACAGUGACGGUGCGGAGAGUGAGGAGGUCUAUGACGGAGAGGAAGGAGAAGAGGAAGACGAAGAUGAGGCUGCUACUAAGAAGGGCAAGAAGAAGAGGCAGAAGAAGGCCGGCACUGCUGAAACCCGCGCGUCAGCAGCAGCAGCGGCAGCGGCAGCGGCAGCAAAGGUUGCUGAGCAGAAGAAGGCGGACACUGCUGAAAACCGAGCGUCGACAACGGCAACCAAGGUUGCUGAGAAGAAGAAGACCUCAAAGCCAGCUGAGCCGCAGGAGGAGAAGAAAACCUCGAAGGCGAAAGAGCCCCCUGUAUUGUCGUCGGCUGUGGAGGCAGCUUUGGAACAAGUUGCUCCUGCGAAAUCCAAGGCUGACGCGGUGGAGAGCACCCCGGAGCCGGUCAAGAAGAGAAGAGGACGACCCCCAAAAUCUGCGACUGUUGCGUCUCCUGGGACGAAUGGCACAAAGGAAACUGCGCCGAAGGCGAAUGGCAAGAAGCCGCUGAAGGCAAGCGGCACGAAGCGAAAGGCUUCUGAGGAGGAGACAGUUGCCGUCAAGACCACGCGUACACAGCAGAAAGAAUCAGAGACCGCAGCUAAGCGCCCGCGUACUCAACAGCAAGCUGGAGAGAGCGCUGCGAAGCGUGCACGGACACAGCAAGAGGAUGAGGCGGAGAGCAAGACGAUGGUGGAGAUCGAGCGCGAGGCACUUCUAAAACGCGUCGAGGAUGAGCAGAAGCAGCGCCAUGAUGUGUAUGAGCUUGAGCGCUCCAAACUACAGUGCGAGCUGGCAGCUAAACAAGUCCAGCUUCUGUUCGAGAAGGCAACUGCUCGCAAGAAGCUUGAUCAGCUUGGAGUUCCUCUCGAAGAGAUCGAUCGCCUUUUGCCACUGUGA